AUGAAUACUGACCCGGUACUGUUGGCAGGUACAAUACUGUAUACAUCAUACAUCCUUUGCCCUCUGACAGGUGAAUGUUGGUCUGUUGGCAGGUAUAGAGCUGCAUACGUCACGUGCCCACUGAAGAAUGGGAGGCAACCCUUCGCGCUCUCCUUGUCCUGGAAAGACUGCGGGGCCGGUGACGUCACACCGACCAACCUCCUGGCAGUGCUGAGGCCGCCCAAGGCCAACAACUUCACGGUGUGUGUCACAGCCCUUAACUACAAGUACAGUCGCGCCUACGAGCUGGUGGAGAUGAUCGAGUUGAACCGCCUGCUGGGCGCCGACAAGUUUGUCUUCUACGUCAACUCUGUGGGCAGCAAUGUGGAGAACGUUUUGCGCUGGUACGCCGCCCAGGGCUUGGUGGUCCUCAUCGACUGGCGGCUACCCAUGCGCGUUGACCACUGGCCUCCAGCGAAAGAGGAACCGGAAGUGCAUUACUUUGCUCAGCUGGCUUCCCACAACGACUGUCUCAACCGUUUCCGGUGGAGCACCCGGUACCUGGUUUACCAGGAUCUGGACGAGUUCAUAAUCCCCAAGAAACGGACCACGUGGGCUGAGUUGAUUGAGGACGUUGAUAAAACUAUGUCUGAACCUCCUGCUGUCUACUUGGUUCAGUGCACGUUCUUCAGAAAAGAAUGGCCUCAAAACAGCGAAAACUACCCUGGCAGGUCUACUGCCGAGAAAUUCAGGUCCAUCGUGCUAUCCACUGAUAAACGAGAAAAUAAGAUUUUUCCACAUGGAGCGCGUUCAAAGUUUAUCGUAAAUCCUAGACGCGUUCAGACUGUAGGUAUACAUACGAUAUGGUCCUAUCGCGGGCGGCCGUCUGUUGCGCACCUAUCCCCCCAGGAUGCAUUGCUGCACCAUUACCGCAGCUGGGAGAAUCCUUCGGACGCAGACAAAGCCGUCAGGGACACGGACAUCUACCGAUUCAAAGACAAGCUGCUGGAGAGGCUCACGGAACGGUGGCAGCAGCUACCCGAUGUGUCUCUAGAUAUCGAAAUUUCCAGCUACGGCACUGUCUGAAAAGCCAAAACAAAAAACUGCAGUGCCUCCGGUGAAUGAGAGUGUGUGACGAAUGAAGAAACAGUUUUUAGUGCCUCUGCGUACAGCUACUUGCAGCAAAGGCACUGGACAGGCCGUAGCUCUGUAAAACUUCACCUUAGUGUCUUCAGGACAUUGGUUCUGUCCUGGAUCAAACUUUGGCUAAAGUAGCCUGUUCCUAAAGCAGGCUGUAUUUUUUUAAUAUAUUAAGAAUAUUGGGUAAACUGCUGACUGGGGAUUUGGUAAGAUAAUUGAUGAUGAUGACGACGAUGAUGCGCUUUUUUCUGUUCCAUUGCUGGUUGAGCAGGUAGACAUACAUAGACUAUUGUACUGACGUAAUACAUGUUCUUGCUUUAGGGCGUAGAAGAUAGCGGGAGGGACAUAGCUGAGGUGUUUGUCGGAGUCUGGAAAAGGAGUUUUUCAACGCACGUUCAAAGUUUACACCAGAAUAAGACCUUUGAUGCAUUUGUGGAGGAUGAGCUAGAGGACGGGGUCUUAACAUCAAGCCCGACUGAAAGGACUAGCUGGGUGCAAAGUUUGUUUCUAAUGAUCUGGCAAAGCUUAGGGCAGGACACAAUUUUCCCGAUGUAUUCCUGCGAGUUCAUCUCUUACAAUCUCGAGAUACAUACCAACAAACGAUGCAUAGAGAUCAACUUUGACGUCAUAAUUGUACAAGCAUGCUUUUUUAAGUUGUGAAGACAUCAAUCAAUAGGAGAGCUGGGACUUUAUGCUUUUUAGGUGUAUCUGUGUACAAACGUGAUCUCUCUCAAUGCUACUUUAGUACUCGGUUAAAUCAAACAGAUUUAGAGAAGAGGAGCCUAAUUGAAUGUAGCUAAGAGCCGGUCAGUAAAAUCUUGUGCGAUUGUUUUUCGGUUGUUGCUGCGUCCUUAGCAGUUUUCCUAUCGCUUGCGGGCUUAAACUAUGCACACACACGUUACAAUAAUACAUAGAGUAUGCCGAAUUUGUGAACUAUAGCUAGAUGUAUAAAAUCUGGGGGUUUUUUCUUAUGUGAAGGAUAAUAUGCUAAAGUGUCAGUAUUUUGGGAGUAGCUUUUCCUUACAGUCCAGGAGGACCAGGCCAGUUUUUAUGUAUUACUUUCACACUCAAAGCAAGAUUAAUAGAUUCAAAAAGUCGUGUCGAAGUAACUAGACCAUGACAACGAGAACCCGUAUUAUGAUAUCAACCAUGACAACCUCAUCAUAACUAGACAAGGCUGAAGUUCCCAUCUUGCUAGACCCCCAUUGGCGAUAUACAUGGAGUCAAGGCUUUCCUACUAUCACAGUUAUUUAUUGGUAAGUAAUGGCAUAGUCUACCUGACUUCUUACAGGGUGGGGAAGAAGAGAUGUGCACGCCCCUCACGUAAAGCUGGCCCCAAGAAAAGUGAGGUCUCGGACAUCACUCCCCAACGACCUGAAAAGGUUAGGGGACAAAUUUUACCUGUCAAUGGAUGGUGUAGAAAAACAAAGAGGUCAAAGUUUAUUGCCACACAACCUGCAAGACAGAAGGACGUAGAGUGAAGGAGAAUCGUACAGAGUCACGAGACCAACAGGUCUUCGCUCAACUGCGUGACCAAGGCUUCAAUGGUUUGACCAUCCAGGUCAAUUUUUUUUUUGCACCGAUCAAAAUAACGCUUCAAAAGUUAUUUUUUCUACUUCCAGUUUGGGUCUUUGCUCACUUAGCCACGAUGUUCAAAUGAAAAUCAGUUUUGCUUUAUGUGAACAUGCAUAAAUAUCGUUAUUCUGCUUUAGAAUGAGUCUCGGGUAAAGCAGGCAAGAGUUUGACUCGAAGACUUGUAUUUUCAUUAGAGCAUCAGUUUCCCACGACAACAUAAAGUUAAUAAAGUUUGCUGUUUAAAGGUUAGUGUUGGUUAUUUCUAGAGUUUUCGGAUGGCAGAUUUGUUGCUGUCCAAGUGGUUGUGGUGUUAGUUAAACAGUUAGUAGUUGUAAUCGGAUAUUUGUGUAACUUGCAGUCAAAGUCUACUACUGAUGUGACGGUCGCCAGUUUUACAUCUUUUUUUUCCUUUGCCAGAAUUCUCUCCAUUCUCGUUUUCCCCUCAAUUUUCUUUCUCACUUUUCCUCCAGUACAAGUAAAGGUUACUUUUGUAUCUUAAUUUUCUUUAACCAUAAAUGUGGCAGGGUGGGGAGAAUAUAUACUAAAAUAUGUUUUGCUCGCCAUUAUUAUUCCUCCUAACUUCAUUCAAGAUGGGGUCUGGGUGAAUAAAGCGGAGUGAUGGUAAUGAUAUAGGCAAAAGUAAGAAAACUGUCGUCUGCACUGAGAGAAGAGAAACUGAAAAGGGCAUUUUGGUAUCGCUAUUUAUUUUGCUUAUCCUGUAUUAUUUGAGAGAAAUAGUAUGUAAGAAUAGAGAGCAUGUCACAUUCGUGAGUUGAAAUGACUGUUUUUGAUCUUAAGAUAUAUUUUAUAUCACGAGAAAUCGGACACAGACCAUUGUUGUUCAUGACCAGUUGGUGACCGAAGUUGUGAAUUCAGAAACAGAUUUAAAAAACGAAUGCUUGUUUAUUAUUGUGAUUAAUUGCAAGUAUGAUGUUUCCAAAUGACGAGAGUGGCUACUCGUCUUUUAUUUUUUUAUUAUUUUUGUUAGCGCAUACGAGAAACCAAUUAAAACUGUUUCUAAGCAAUAUCUGUUGAAGGCAGAUAUAGACAAAGACCAACUUUCUGUAUCAGCUUAAUGAUGACAUUCAUCAUUGCUACUUAUAGUAUAGUUCACUCAUGGCUGAAUUGUUUAUGAGUGCGAACACGCAUGUGUGUGUGUGUGAUCGCGCGCGUUCGCGUGCAUAUAUAUCUUUGUUGCCUUAUAAAAAUCUUUACGACCAAGUAUUUCACAUUGUUAAUGUUAUCAAAUAAGUGAAAAUUUGCUGUUCUGAUUUCUUUGUUUGUACUUUGCGUUAAUUAAAGUUAUUUUUGAUGCAUCA